AUGAAUGGCCACACAUCAAUUCCCUCCCGGUUAUACCAGCCCGAAUCAGUCAACCUCGAUGAUUUCAAGGCGAUCUGUAAUCGCAAAGUCGACAAAUCCACCUACCCCCUCGCAGACACCGUCGAGCAAAAUGUACCCAUCUACGACCUCGCCGACCUAGAGGCCGACCAACAACACCCCAUCACAGCCACCUCUAUCUCCAACCUGCAAGAUGAGUGGCAUCACAUCUUACACACUGGACCCGGCAUCUUCGUACUGCGGGGAAUGUACAACCCAGCCCGAUACGCGCCAAUCCUAUCAUCCACAAACACCGCCUUCAACAACAUAAUUGCCAAAGAGCGCGAAUCCAACACCACCCAGGGCGACCACUUCGCCGCCGGCGGCACAAACGAUCGAAUCUGGAACUCAUUUUCAAAACACGCACUCGAGGAUCCAGCCUCGUUCGUCAAGUACUACUCCAACCCUUGGCUGGCGGCAGUCUGCAGCGCAUGGCUCGGCCCGGGCUAUCGUGUCACGGCCCAGGUUAAUGCUGUUCACCCCGGUGGCGCCGCGCAGGAGAGUCACCGCGAUUACCACCUCGGGUUUCAGGAUACGGAUACCUGCCUCUCAUACCCUGUUCCGACGCAAUUGACCUCGCAAUUCCUUACGCUGCAGGGUGCCGUUGCGCAUAGUGAGAUGCCGGUUGAGUCUGGACCCACGCGCUUCUUACCUUUCAGUCAGACCUACGCGCCUGGGUAUUUGGCCUGGCGAAGACCUGAAUUCCGCGCCUUUUUCCUGGAAAAGUAUGUUGCUUUGCCGCUGUCUUUGGGCGAUGGGGUAUUCUUUAACCCGGCAUUAUUCCACGCGGCGGGGGCAAACGUUAUGGAUGCUGGCCUUGGAGGAUUUCGGCGCGUCGCGAAUUUGUUGCAGGUUAGUAGUGCUUUUGGGAAGGCUAUGGAGAUGGUUGAUGCUAUUCCGUUGAUUGAGGCGUGUUGGGAGGUUUUGGUGAAGAGGUAUCAGGGUGCUGGGAAGACCUUUGCGGACGGGGAUUUGGAUCCUGGGAAAUUCUCGCAAGAGGCCAGGGAGGUUAGGGCUUUUAUUCAGGCUGUUGCGGAGGGGUAUCCUUUCCCGACUAAUUUGGAUCGUAGGCCGCCUGCGCCGAGUGGGAUGGCGCCGGAGAGUGAGCAGGAUAUUGUUAUGCGCGCGUUGGUGGAGGGUUGGGGUCGUGAGAAGGUUGUUGGUACGCUGCGGCAGAUGCGUUUGGAUUCGCAGCCUUGA